GCUCUGGGAAUACGCCCUAAAAGUGCGUUCGCUGAAUUGGUUUUCUAAUAGGUUAUUACUGUAUGUUCCCAAGGCUGUCGCAAAACGCCUCUGCUCUGCUUCUACCCGCACCUCCAAUACAAAAAUUGCAGAAUCAUCCCCCAAGCGGACACAGAAAGGAAUUAGAGAAUGCCAAACUGCAUCAACGUUACCUCAUCACGCGCGUGCCGUACUGGUUGCGACAUUACGUAAGAAUGGGGUGCAGACCGUGAAAUGGCGGCUGUGUCAUUAUGCCAAAGGUAGAUGUUGUUGUUGUUGAUGACUUCAGGGAGGUCGAUAUUUUGUUUUUGAUGACGUAAGAGGUCAAUAUACAGUUUUAUCACAUAUUCUAUGGCAAUUAUAUAAUCAUUCGUGAUACUUAUUUAUAAUUUAUCAACACUUUGCAUUGUGAACCCGCAUUGAAAAAUGAACCAUAUGCUGAUUUAGAAUAAUGGCGGUGUUUCGAGGACACUUAGGGAGACGAGUUUUGGCAGUAAUUUUGGUUUGUUUAGUGAGCACAUAUCUUUGGACGUCACGGUGUUUGAAAUCAGUACAGAGUAUAAGUGAUGAGCAAAAUACGUAUCUUCAAAAUGCCUUGCCGAGCUCUUUGGACCCACAUAGACGGGCUGUGACUUCACAAAACAACUCCGGCAUUCAGACGUAUUCCCUGUCUAGCACUAGCACCCAAAGAUGGUUCAAAAAGAAAGUGCCCAAGAGACCAUUUUACUAUAUGAUUGAGUUGAACUUUUCUUGUCCUCCAGAUUCAAAUGAAAGUAAGUUGGCACAGUUACGAAAAGCGUCUCAAACUCGAGCCGCUGGCGUUCCAAUAAUCCCUAGGAUUAUACACCAAUCAUGGAGAAAUAAAGAUUUGCCAGUGCAAUUUGCCAAAUGGCAACAAAGUUGGAGAGCUUGUUUUCCUGACUGGGAAUUUAAAUUCUGGACGGACGAAGAUAACCGCGCUUUCAUCCACGCACACUACCCCUGGUUCUUAACGACAUAUGACAGUUAUUCGCACAAUAUCAAAAGGGCAGACGCUGCGCGUUACUUUUAUCUCUAUCAUUAUGGAGGGAUUUACGUGGAUCUAGAUUAUGAAUGCAUCAAACCGUUUGAACAUCUCAUUGUUAAAGACUUAAUAUUUGAAUCAACUGACAUACGGCUCGAGGGGAAUAUGUACCCACAUAAUCCAUACAUCCAAAACUCUCUUAUGAUUUCACGUUCACGGCACCCAUUCUGGAAACUGCUGUGGCAAGAUCUACUGACACACACUAAAAAGGCUUUGAAACCUGACUUAGCCACAGGUCCAAAAAGACUAAUGGCUGCCAUAAAAAAAUACACCAUGUACAACGAAGAUUAUUUAGUGUACCCUCCUUGCUACUUUAACCCUUUCCCUUGGGGACAGAAUCUAACACACUGCAAGACUCUCAACCGGAUGACGGAUCAAGAGGUGACUGCAUGCAAAGCCCAUUAUCCGCAUGCAUACACUAUAACAUUUCAUGCUCAGUCUUGGUUAGCUGGAAAGAAAAAUCUCAUUUUCACUGAUUAG